CAACAUUCCACUAUAAUUAUCUGGUGACAUCCUGUCAUGAAUUCGAUCGUUGAUGAUAUGCUCACACCACACAUAAAUAGACACACACACAAAGAAGGAAUGAUGAUGAAAGCAAUAUCUGUCUCUGUUGUAUUGCUAAUAAUACUAGAGGGUGCUAUAGCUCAAAAUGACACCUUUCGCUUUGCUAACUACUACGGAGACAACAUGGUCCUCCAGAGAGCUCCAGCUUCUCCUGCAGUUUGGGGGUUUGUCCCUUCCUGUGAUCCAGUGACUGUUAAUUUUAAUGGGAAGGACAUGGCAGCCACAGUUGUUAAAGGGGACAAGUGUAAGUUUGUGGCUAAGAUUCCUCCAACUGCUGCUACAGCCAAUGGACUCACAAUAACUGCUACUUCAGGCUCUAGCUCCAUUUCAUUGAAGAAUGUGAUAUUUGGAGAUGUAUGGGUGUGUGGUGGACAGAGCAAUAUGGUCUUCACAAUACAUCAAGCAUUCAAUGCGACUGAUGAGAUAGCUAAAGCUGAUAAUUAUCCAGAUAUUCGUCUCUUUACUGUCCAGCGUGUUUCCUCAGAUACUCCAUUGGAUGACAAUAAUGUAUUUACAUUUCACAAUAUACCAGAUGGACAGAAGCUCGAACUAAGAUCAGAAUAUGGCUUUGAGAUUGGAUGUACUUCUGGUUCCAAUGCUAACUGGCUUCCUGGCAAUGCUAAAGAAGUCCAAGGGACUGAUGGCAUAAUGGUCAGCUUUCCCUCUUGUCCUACUGGAUACACUGCAACUGCUGUGAGGUACAGUUGGAUGGAAGAUCCCUGUCCAUAUCUCAAGUGUGCUGUUUAUUGUGAUGGGCUACCAUCACCUCCUUUUGUUAUUCAACUAUAA